GUGGCUUGAAAUGGAAGGAAACGGAUAGGAGUGGAAAUGACAAAAUUAAGUGAAAUCAGUUACAGCCUCUCACUACUCAUUUCAAAGCAGAAACAGAGAAAUUGCCAUGGAGAGCGCUCUUCUUUCUGCUUCCCGCUUCACUACUACUCUACACACAGAGAGAGAAGUAGUAGGUGGGCCAGUGGCUGUGAGGAAAUUACAGAGCUCAUUCUAUGGAAAAGAGAUUAAUAAUAGUCAUGCUCUUUUCACCAGAAACUUCAAAAGAAUUCCUCUCACUGUCACCUCAGUGAUGCGGAGGAAACUAGUUAAGAAGGAGACUGUUGUUCCUGACCCUGAUUACCGAAUUCCAAUUGUCCUUCUAGGGUUAUCUGGUGGUUUAUUUUAUGUGGAAAAUCUACCAGCAGCGGUUCCUAUUGGUCUUCUUGGAUUACUCCUGUUAUUCCAGACAACAAGAGUGGGAUUUGUCUUUGAUGAUGAAGCUCUGGAGGUGAAAGUUGGGGAGCGACUUGAGGAGUCAGGUGAAAAUGUUUUUGUGGGUGGAAAGAACCGCUGGAAAUAUUCGACAUUUGUGAACUGGGAGCUAUGGUGGCCAAAUUUUCCGAUUUUGGUUUAUUUUAAAGAGAAACAGACAAAACCAGAGGGACAAAUCCACUUUUUUCCAGUAAUUUUUAAUGGGAAGCAACUGUACGAUGCUAUGGUGGAGAGAUGUGGUCCUUCAAAAACGAGCGGACCAAAGUAGUGCAGCAUGAGCUCCAGGACCAAGGCAAAGAUCUUACAGGCAAGCCAUAACAUAAGAUCAGAUUUUGUGGCAAAGGUAUGAAGCUAAGUGGUUAAGGAACUUGUCAAUUCAGUUACAAAAUGUGUUUUAAUGUAAUCAAUUAACGUAUACGUAUACCCGCUGUCACGUUUCUACGCAUCUGUAAAAUCAUACUCGUUCUGAGUUUUAGUUCACCACUCACAAGAUCAUGUAUGAGUUUUAGUUCACAACUCACAACGUAUCAGCAAACUAAUGCUCGUUUCUACGCAUCUGUACAGCCCAUUAUUUUACGAAAGGUGAUGCAGAAUUUGUGUGUUCA